UAAAAUUACGAUUUCUAAUAAUAUGUGUAUAUAUUGCUUGAUUAAAAAACAGAAAAUUAUGAAUAUCUAAAAACAAAGGCAUCGGUAAAAACGCUUUUAAAUCUUGACUACGGCACUUAAGAGCAUUGUUGGUUUAUUAUGUCUUUCAAGGACUUUUUCAAAGACUAUUUUGUAUUUUAUUGUAGUAUUUUUUACUACUGAAAAUUGACUAUAAUUUGCCAGUGGAAGAUUUACACAAAACCUAUUUUUAAGCAUCAAUAUCCGCUUUGAUUAAAAAAAUCUUUCUUCAUUUAUUAAUGUUACUUUUAUUUGCGUUGUUCACACAUCGAUUUAUUUUUACUAAAUAUUAUUUAUUUUACUGUUAGUUUUACGCUUUCACUAACGUACUGUUCUCACAAUAGCUUUUUACGUAUUUAACAACUUCAUACGCUGAUUUCAAUGCUCCUCCGACAAUUUAUUUAUUUUACCCACGCUUUACAAAUGUUGCAGCUGAGAGCUCUGUCUGGAGAAAUCUCUCUCUAAAUUUUUACAAUCGCUGGAAAAAUUUCACGAGAAGAAGAAUAAGAGGGGGUGAAUGUAAAGCUAAGCGAUCACGGCUAUUAGCGGCUCACCUCGAUCGAUUUCUCGCGAGACGCCACGCGAUGCUGGAAGCACGCGAUAAAUUAAUUACGUCGACCCCGGGAAAAUUAAUCGUCUCGAGAGCCGCGAUAAUUAUUGCGCCAUGAUGCGUCGAAGUUUUAUUGCCGGGUCGGCGAUUCUCUCGCCGAUGGCGACCGCACGAUAUCGAUAUAUAUCGGGCGUUCGCACGCGGCCGCGCGACGACUUAACGAAUUACUCGUACGGGGACGUCGCGUCGCGAGCGCGAGUCGUGCAAUUGAUCAAGAUAUCAUCGUGUCGUUGUUGCGCGUCCGACGCUCGAAACGGGAGACAUGAUAUAUGAAGCGCACAGGCCGAUUGUCUGGCUUUACGGCGGCGGCGGCGGCGGCGUGACGCAAGAGUGAAAGCCUCGCUUAUGGGACACGCGUGAUUAAUAACGCGCGUCCGCGAGUGUUUCGCGUGCGUGCGCGCGCGCGAAUCGAACGCGGGGCUCGAAGAAACGAGAGCUCGAUCGAGAGCCAUCGGCGAGAGCUCGCCGCGUCGGCGAUAGCUUUUAAUCGCCGUAAAUACGCUGCCCGCCGCGAGAUAUAAAUUAUUCCGCGAUAGCUAAUCGUCGAUGCGCGCGCGCGAUUCAGCUAAUUUAGCGAUUAUCCACGCCGCAACGUCGGAGAGUGGUGAUAUUUCGCUCGUUCAAUGCCGCCUCGUGGUCUCUUUCAUUGUCUUCGAUAGGAAACAUAAUCGAUGGGCGUACCGAUGAGCGAUUAGCAGUGAAUGACCACUGGAAUCUAUUGUUUUUGCGAUCGCAGACAGCAUUGUAAUCGUAUAUUUGCAGGAUUUGAAAUAUAAUGCUGUUUCAUUUUUUAAAUCUCUGUUAUAUUAUUGUUAUCGAUUAAAAUUAUUUUUAAAUGUGUAUUACAUAUUUCUUAUUUAAAUGCAAGAAAUCGUUUUUCGCGCGUAGGAAGAAGAUACGAAAAGAAAUUUGUACGGAAUAUUUCUCGAGGCACGCAGCGAUUCGCAGUAAAAUCUCUCGCCGCACCCGCGAGGUCGAGAGAAGCGAUUAGGCGCGCACGGACGGCUGGAUUGUGCGUUUCGCCGAAGAAAAUAUCUCUUUCUCCCUUUAACGCCGCGCGUUUUCGUGUCAUGGAACGUCAGCAUUUAUUCGGCGAUGAUUCACAGACCUGCAGCUCUUUCCCCUUGCCAUUUCAGCGAGCGGGUCGUUCGUUAACCCCUUCGUAGAUAGACGCCGCAGUUAUGAUGUCAAAAUCUCGAAUUUAAAACUUUUCGCUGCAGUUUUUACACCGUCAAUUUAAACACAGUAAUACUUAAGAAUCGAAAAUUCUUACGAUGUCACGAUAAUUGGGAAUCUCACUAGGUUAAAGGAAUUUACAAACCAUUUCUUUUGAUGGUCAACGAUAGCUUCAACUUUCCACUUCUGGCACACUGCAAUCCGCGCCGAUGCCAAUUUCAUUGAAUCGCCUGUGAUUUGCUGCGAGAUAAGGAGAAAACGAUUUUACGAGGUAAAUCAUUUCGUAUGAAGAUGCUUGUUCCUUUCCCUCUCAGCUCAUCCUCCUUUCCGGUUUUCUCUCCGUCAGCAAUUUUGUCGCGCCUGACUUUCCUCGUCGCAAACGUAAACAUGCGUUGAGUAACGUGCUCCAUGGAAUAUUAUCCCCUUUUUUUUUAUUCGACCAGCCCCAUUAAGGGAUCGCUGAGGUCUCAUUAAGCCGCGGAGCCACGGUCAACGCAGAACAGCGACGCCUUUAGCGCCGACGACAUUCCCGAAGUUCCUACGCGAGUAUAUCCGCGACGUCCACCUCCGCUGUGCUAUUCCGAGUUUAAUGCGCGAGCUCUGCGCUUCUAUACUGCGCAGCGCGCACGAGAGGAAUCGUUAUGCGGCACGCUCGAACGUUCAAAGCUCCUGAUUCAUUGACCGCUACGUCGAUUUAAAUUCUGGUUAAUUUCUUGAUUCAAUUUCCCGGAAUUCGCUGAUUCUCCUCGGCGUAACUCUUCCUCGGGAAUUUAUUAAUUUCUUAACUUGAUACUUAAAUUAAUCGGCGCAAGUAGUAGUCCAGAAGGAAAGUUUUAAUGAAGCGUAAUAGCGGACGAUCUACUCGCGAAGCAACCUCGCGGUAUCGGUGUAAUGAAAAUAUUAUAUAUCCUUUUUCUAGCCUUUUCGCAGCAUUAGAUCCCCUUUCACGUUCGAAGUAUCCGAUUAAUUUCCGCGCGAACGCCGAGGCUACGCCUCAAAAGUGAAAGACGAUGCUUCCGCUCUCGUUCCGUCAUUUGAAAAAGUCAUUAAUUUCCUGCGAUGGCUGGCGUAACAACGUUGACCGACAAUUGCUUCUGUCAUCACAGCCGCAGUUCAGUACAACGAAUUCAUAAUUAAAUUGAUGUAUCCUCUUCGCCGCGGUUUAUCAUAUCAUGCUGUUAAUAUCAUCAAUAUCAUUUACUUCCAUCUCUUAAAGACUCAAGUUUCCAUCUCAAGUUUCAAAUUAACAAACAUUGUCUCGGAAGCACAAGCUUCCCUCGAAGCGCAAGCUGUCUAUUAGUCCCAUCGAUCGAUCCGUAAGGCUGAUGAACCUUGGCGAAGUCGAGCUUACGCGCUUGAUGUAUCUCGUGAUUGCCCAAAGUAUUGGUAUCGGAUUAACGGGAGAUCCGUGCUCCACCUCACCUCAGGGAGGACCGCAGGACCGUGAAAUGAAUAGGAGACGAAGGGGUCGGCGACGGCGCGAAGGACGAAAAGGCGAGGAGGGGGGAGGGACGACGUGGCGCACGGCGGCGACGGGGUAGAGAAGGUACAGUGAGGAAGGGGACGGUUGGAAGCGAGGGGGGCCCCCGACAGGAUAGGGGGGCAGGAAAGAGCGGGAGAGCGGGAGGAACACGCUCUCCCUCCGGUGCACACUCUCGUGGUGACUCCGACCGGCAAAGUGCUCGCGUUCGUGAAAGUCCACAGACGACUUUCAGGGUCGUCUGCUGCGCGCGUUCGUCGUCGUCGUCGUCGUUGCCGUGGUCGUUCCAUCCCGAAGCCGGCUUCUCGCCGCGGAGGAGCUACCUCGAGAGUGGAGAAGACCGACGCUCUCUCGCACUCCUGCGAGUUUUGGCGAGGCGCGAGGACUCGCGAGGAUCGUCGCCGAACAUCCAUCUUUUGUUGCUCCGUCCUGAAAAAGUACCAGAGACGAGGAGAAAAAGAGAGAGAGAGAGAGAGAGCCAGUUUGCGGCUCGGCGACCGUGAGAUUUGGAAGGUGUGCCCUUGCGCGAGGAAUACAAAGGAUUCGGCGAGGUACUCGUCGCGACGACAGCGAUAGAGAUUCAAUCGCGAUCAUCGUCUACGUUUUGUUGUGUUUGUUCAUCCCGAGGUUUAUUCCGCUCCGAUUUCAGUGGUAUAAAGAAAAACUCAAGUUUGAUUUUUGCGAAGACUGUGGAGAGCCGUGUAAGCCGCUAUACUGUUUGAGAUGAAGAAAUGGUUCAAGGCUGUGAAUAAUCUGUGCGAUUAAUCGGUUCGGUCAGGUCGAUCGUUUUAUUCGUCAGAAGUAAAUUUAUUAUUAGUGACAUAUUUUGGUAUUAUCUCGAGGCGAAUACGUAUUUUGUAUCGGAGCUUUUCGUUGAAAAAGAUAUAUCAUCCGGAUGUGAAAAACGAAUUUUAAGGUGGCAUGUUAUUUUAUGUCUUCAACGAACGGUGCUUCCGAUGUUGAUCUCAGAGAUCCUAGUGGACUUAAGUAGUUUCAGUGCUCGUGCACUGACGGCAGGCUACGAACACGUAUGCACGGUGGAUGACGAAGGAUCCGGGAAUCGAUCGGCAUGGACGGUAGCCGUUGGGCUGGCUCGAUAUACGCGAAUAAUAAUAGGUUAGCGCUCGUAUACUCUUAACCGUGUGUAUCUCGAGGGCGCUUGUGUUCCUCCUUUAAUCCUGAAACGUAUCGCGAGAAAUUCUGUAACAGAAGAUUACUCCGCGAGAUAUUUUUGAAUUUUUGGUGAUAUUAAUUACUGCGUAUCGAUCUAUAUCGUUAUACGAGUUAUAUUAUUUGGGCGAAAUAGAAACGUCUUCAAAAUUCCGUUCCUUGCGAAGAUGACGUCCCGCCUGCGCGGCCCUUCGGCGGUUAAGGACACACCGAGAGCCGCCUCGUUCGCCAAGGAUCAUUUUCAUCGAAGUGAGCCGGAAGUACACUCCGGUCGGUGCAAGAACGAUGGGCGCGACAAUCGUUAUCAUUUCGGCAUGACAAAACUGCACGAUAAUAACAAAGUAGAGCGGAACGGACGGGAAUACAACAAGAACGCACAGACGGAAGAGAACAGUGUCGACCUGCUGUAUAAGAAGAGCAGAGAACACUUUGGUACGUGGGAUAUCAAGGACAUCGUCCAGGAUGACAUGAGAAAAUCGAGGAAACAAGAUCUCGAGGACACGCAACUAACCAACGGAAAAUUUAGAGGCGAGCCCGCAUGCGCGAAGCUAGACAAGCCGCACGAUCGUCCGGAAUAUCGGGACGAAGGAUACGUAGGAUCCUUGCCGAGAGAGGGCCGACAAAGGAUUGAAUCUGUCGAGAGAGAACUCAACGGCUCUCAUAAAUCAAGGAUAAAAGAGCCGUGGGAAGACGAAAUGGAGACGAGGAAUCGAGGGAGGACGUCCAAGAUUAGCAAGAGCAACGGUAGCAACCACGAUGCGAUCCAACCCGUCGACGAGAGAGACAUAUUACUCAAGGAAAUCGAACAUUUAGCUACCGACGGCAGUCAGUCGCCAGACCGUAGGAUCCAGGCGAUGAUCGACCGAUUAAAGUCGCGAGAGGAAAGCAAGUUACGGUCCGGGAGGGAGCAAAGAUCGGCAAGUCCUGAAAAGGAAAUGCACGGCACGACGAAAAGUGACGGUCGGGGUGACCUAAGAUCACCAGUGAUCAAUAGUUAUCCGUUCGAUAAUUUAUCUAACGAUCGAGAUAGGAAACUGAGAGAUGAUGGCGAGUCCAAACCGCACGGAAAGCCCGACCGAGAGGAGGACGCGGGCCAGCGCGAUCGAUCUGUCGACCGAAAAUCGAGAAGCACAGAAAGGUUUCAACGAGAUGGCAGUUUCCGAAAAACAAGCGGUACUUACAACGCCGAGAAAAAUUACACGAGGAGGUCGAUAGAGGACGAAGACAAUCAUCCUCGGUCAAGAGGCAAUUCGUCGAAGAGGAGAAGUUACACGUACGAGGGUUCGCCGGAGGACUUUGACGUGAGGAUACAGAGGUACGACCGGGCACUGCUCGAGCCCAGGAGGGACUUGGACAGAAGUUCGCCCGGACGAAGCUCGCCUAGGCGAAGCUCGUCCAGAGAACCGCAUCUGGUUAGAAAGGAAUCUUUAAAGGAUCAAGAACCAGUAACCAAGAAGAAUUCCUUCAGAGCUGAGUCCAGGAGGGCGACUAGCAAGGAUCGCGGUGAGUCUAAUCUGAUCAGAAAAACAUCGUUUAAAGAUCGGGAUAACGACACGUAUAAGAGGUACGUUGCCAAAAAUCAACAUCAGGCCUCCGUCAGAUAUUUCGGCAAGGAUGAAGAAGACUUAUCUUGCCAAGAUUCUUUCAAAGACGUAAACGCAAGUAGAAAGGGUUUCUUUAAGAUACGAGACAGUGAACUCGACGGAACCUUUUUGAAAGAUCAGAACGACAACGCGGAGAGGAAGAUCUCGUCCAUGAAGCAUGCAGGUGGCGUCAGCAGGAUUGUGCUGAGAAAUGUCGAUGACGAAUCGAGCAGAAGCAACUCGUUUAAGAAUGCGAACGAAGAUUCUGGAAAGAAGAACUCGUUUAAGGAAAAAAACGCCGAGUUUGGCGAGACUUUCUAUAAGGAUCGCGAGAGUAAUUCAGAAAGGAGGAAAAACAGUUUCAAGGACGACGACAAGGAAUUUGGGCGAACGUCGUAUCACGAUUACGAGAACAAUAUCGAUAGGAAAACCGCGAACGAUCGGUAUAUCGAGUUCGGCAAGGUAUCCUUUCAGACGCAGGACGACGAACCGCGCGUUUCGAGCCCUUUCAAGGAGAAGAGCAACGACGCAAUAAUCAGAACGAAUUCUUUCAAGGAGCACGACGCUUCUCCGAAGAGACGCGCGUCACUGCGAGGCAGAGAUCGCGAGGGGUCCGAGAGGAAAUUGGAGGACGGGCAGUCGAGGGCGCUGUCGCCACUGAAGAAAAGCGAGCCUGCGGAGAGCAACUCCUCGAGCAAGGGCGCGAAAAAUUUCUGCGCCAAGUCCUGGUACGAGAACAAUCGGAUAUUCUCCGCGAAGUAUCUGCGGGAUCACAGUAAGCUGCGAAAUAGUCCAGAAGGACGGCUCAACGUCGACAUCUCGCCCGAACGAGGAUUCUUGAUCCUGCAAGACACACAGGGCGGCACGGUCGAGGCAUCCGCGAACGAUCCCGAGGGGAGUCCUCGCUUCGAGACGCGUGGAAGGAUGGACGGUGAGUCGCCGCGAUUCUCCUCGACCCGCGAUCGCAACGGUGCCACGAUCAUCAGGAUACGAUCGUCGGAGGAUGCUUCCGGUGGCUCGGCGGAGAGGCGCGGCCGUCGGCGCCGUCCCGCACAGGAGAUAUGCGCGGCGAGGCGCAGGAAGUACGAGGACGACGACGAGGACAGCGACGAGGACGAGGAAGAGGACCGUUGGCGGAGGACACCACGAAGGGACGGCGGAGUCCUGCCGGGGAGAGGCGGCAACGCCGGCGGCGCGACGCCCUCGAGAACCGUCUGGAACUACCGCGAAGGGGUAUGGCACUUUCAUGAGUCAAUUGCUUUCGAUCGUUCCUUUAUGGUUCAGAGACGCGAGGCGGUUUUCAUAAAUCGCUGGAGAAGAUGAGAGAGAGAUGAUGGCAGUCCUGCUUGGGAAUGAUAAGCGUCACGUGACAUUAAUUUGAGGCGUUUAUUAUCGAGGAUAAGUCCCGAGGGAAAGAAAGUCCGGCUUUCCCAUUCUUUCGACCCCCAUUCGUCGCCAUUCGCGGGAACGAGCGACCUGCGGUCGAGGUGAUUGCGCCAAUUUUCCGCCGUCCCUUUCGACUCAAGCGAAUUUGUUUUGAAUUCGAAUUCGUGCGAAAGUGAAAUUGCGAUGUCGCGUGUGGUCGUAACACGAGAGUCGUAACUCUCGUUCCACCUUCGUCUGGUAAUAUGGCCAAUGCACCAGUGGAUGGUCGUGCAUGAAAUAUUGUUCGAUAAUUCAAUCCUUUCGCUAAACAGGGUUAUUAUUUAUAGUCGACAUACAUUACGGCUUAGCCGCAUUGAAUAAAGUUUAAAUCUAUCUGUUGGCUUUGUACCGCGUGGUUAGGUGCAUCACUUGAAAUUAAUAGCGAAAGAUUUUUCCUUAAUUUAUAAUUGAAGAUAAGGUCAUAAGUCUUGGCAAAUUUUUGGUUGAAUAUUGGGAAAAUAUCAUCCACUGAUUUUUUUAAAUAAAAUAAAAUUUAUUAAGACAUUUAAAUGAUGUCAACAGUAUGCAAUUACAAACAUUACCUCUAAUAAAUAAAUCACGGAAAUUACUUAAUAUUAUGUAUAUUAUUAUUAGCUUUUAAUAGCUAAUAAGCAUAAUUACGGACUAUUGGUAGAAUUAUUCAUUUAAUACCUGCAUAUUACGAAAUUAGCGUGCAAGCGCUAUUAACUAAAGUAAGAGAGAGAAGGGCUUAUCCUUUAUAGCUAUAAUUAUUGGGAAUUAUAAUACUAUAUCGUAUUCUUAUUUUAACAUUGAUAUAACGUUUCAUAUAUGAUUAUCGCAGAAAUAGGUAUGAAUUCAGUGAUCAUUUACUGGUGCACUUAAGUAGCGAUCUCGUCGCGGAGCGAAUUGAAAAAGUUCAAAUAUACGGGUUUGUACAACGUCGUUUAAAUGAUGAGAUAUAUGUCGAACUGGUUCGGUUUGCGGUGUCGUCGUUCGUGCGCACUCUGUGUGUGCCUGUUUAUCGGCGAUUUUCCGUUGGCGAGCGAGAAGCGGCAUUGUUAUCUCUCGCACAUCGAAUACGAGCGACUGAAUCACCAUGGAAAUCUUGCGCAAUGUUGCACGGCCUCGUGCACUAAAAUUGCAAUUUGCCUGGAAUUUCGCGAUGGCCGUUUUACGGUCGAGAGAGCGCGAUACCUUAAAAUUAAGUGCCUCGGAGAUGAUAAGUUUCGUAACUUGCGUAAAUAUAAACGCAACAGCGUAUUUUGUGUGUUUGUGUAUGUGUGUGUAGCAGGAUUUUAUUAAAGUUCUCCUGGAUAAUCGGUCUCAUCAAUUUUAUUCUUCACCCCUCUUGCAACGCGUUACACAUCAUUAAAACACAUAAAAUAAUUUUCCCUCCUUUGAUACAUAAAAUAUAGUACACAUAUUACACAUUAAUUUUAUUCAUAAUUUAUAUUUAUAUAUUUAUACUUUUUUCAUAUUUUAGUGCUUAUCUCCUCUUGCGAGUUUUAAUUUGCAAGAGAAGAUGAGUUUCUUAAAUUUUUUUUUACACUUCAUUAUUACUUUUAUUUUUAUUUUUUAAUCAUAAACGUAUGUUACGCAAUUUGUAAACGAGAUUAUCUUAUAAUAAAACAGUAUAGAAUCAAUAUAACUUUAUCGAUGUUCAAAUGGCGUACUGGUUUCAAACUUUGUAAGAAGCACUCCAGAGUCGAUCCAGAAUGAGCAAUUUAUAAUCUCCAUUUAUCAUCCACGCCUAUUUACGUCCACAGGGUGCAUAAAUUAUGCUUCAUCGCGGUUCAAUCCGAUUAAGUGAAAGCUAAAUACUAGUAGCUCGACCACUACCAUUGCUAAUCCUUUAAAUGGUAAUGACGCAACGAAUCGGUGCGAUCUUAUUCAUGAAAAGUUUUUAUAAAAUCAAUUUUGCACAUCACAUUAUUAUCACCGAA